UCUUUCUCCUCCUCCUUCCUCCCUCAAAUGUUGUCUCUAUUGACUGACUCUCCUGCAUCAUACAGGAGAGACCCCGUUGAGCGGAUCUUUAGCCUCUAUAAAGACAAGAUGCAGUUCAGGCUCCUCAGGAGAUGAUCGCAGGGAUUUAUAGCGCGCCUCUCCACAUCCCACCGUCCUCACAUCUUCACCUCCUCGCUGAUGCUUGAACACUUCCACGCUGUGGACGAAAUAAAACACCCGUGUGGAUCAAAUGAGGAGGAAUUUUUGAUGUUCCUUUUCAAUGAGGAGGGAUUGUCCCAGUUUGGCCACUGCAAAGAGUGACUCGGGAGAGAGUUGGUGUACUUUCCACACAUCCACCCACGCGUGGACGUCUGCGUUGUAAGUGCGUGGAGGAGCAGCGCCAGGACAGAUGGCUGCGCUGACGAUACAAAGGACUGACAACUUUUUGCACACCUUUUUGCAGGACCGCACACCCAGCUCCUCUCCAGAGGGCCCCCCCAACGCCCUGUCCUUCCUGGCCACCACCUGCAGCCAGGCCUGGCAGGUGGGCAGCACCAUGGGCUCCGAGGGCUCCCAGUUCCCCUACGAGGGCACUGUCAGUUCCACGUCAGGGAUGUUUCAGCUGUGGAGCAAUGACAUGGCGCCCAGCACGGCCCUCAGCACGCACCAAAUGACCUUCACCGUGCCCAAGGUGCAGUUCCCUCAUGGACACAUGCAGUCUGGCCUGGGUCACCACCACCAUCAUCACCCCCACCAUCACCACCAUGAGCUGCCUCUCACGCCGCCGGCUGAGCCCGCCUCGUCAUACUCAUUUGAUCUCUCCCCAGUCAAAGUGCUGUCCUCUCAGCCGCAGACCAACGCCUCCUACUACCCUCAGCACAACAGCGUGGGACAAAACUUCCCCAGCUUCCUCCAGAACUCCUCAGCCAGACAUCACUUACCUGGAGGUCACGGGGAGGAAGGGCAGCAAUGGUGGAGCCUUCCUCAAACCAACGCAACCCCCUCCAACCACCCCUUCGCCCUGGGCAGACAGCUCGUGUUGGGCCACCAGCCUCAGAUAGCUGCUCUCCUGCAGGGGACCUCCAAAGGCCUGCUCAGUUCCACACGCCGCUGCAGGCGUUGCAAGUGCCCCAACUGCCAAGCUAGCGGCGGAGGGCUGGAGUUCGGCAAGAAGAGACUGCACAUCUGCCAUAUUCCAGAGUGCGGCAAGGUGUACAAGAAGACCUCACACCUAAAGGCCCACCUGCGCUGGCAUGCCGGUGAAAGGCCCUUCAUCUGUAACUGGCUCUUCUGCGGCAAAAGCUUCACUCGAUCGGAUGAGCUCCAGCGGCACCUGCGCACGCAUACCGGAGAGAAACGUUUCGGGUGCCAGCAGUGCGGAAAGAGGUUCAUGAGGAGUGACCACCUCUCCAAACACGUCAAGACCCACCAGACCAGGAAGAGUCGGUCUGGGCAGCCGUCGCAAGUCACAGACCCUCUGCUCACAAACAUCAAGAGAGAGUAAUGCCGCCUGUACAGCUUUCCAAAAUGAUAAAAACUGUGUGACUUUCACUUUUGCACUGUGGGGUAAGCAUGCAAGCUUACAUCUUUCAAACAUUUUUUAGGGGUCAUCAUGCAUCAAGUAAAUGUGUGCUUAAAAUCAGAUUUUAGGCCUUCACAAUUCAAAAAUGUGUUUUCUGCAUCAAUGUGAAACCGAAUGUGUUUGUUAUAUAUUAUUACGCCUUAGUGCAAUUAAAGGUAGCCAUACAAGAAAAUGGGAAAGAAUUCCGAGCUGAUGUUAAUUGUCUGCUUCACUCUUACUUGUAAAACUUGACAAUCAUCUUCUCUCACUCAGUGAUGAUUUCUCUGUAAAUGAUGUAGAAAUGUGAACUAUGUAAUCGGGUUAAUGGCUGCAUGUACAUUUGAAUAAUAAACGAUCUCU